AGUAACAUGAAGCUUAUCGUUACAUUAUUGGUCGUACUUAGUGUUGUGCAAGGAAGCCUUCAACAAUGCUGCCAAAGUUGUGGCGGCUGUGGUUGUGGUGGAAAUAGUGGACGUGAUGAUGAGAUCAUGGUGCUACUUUACAGAAUCUUGGAUCAAUUAUCAUCUACCACUACUACCACAAUGGCAUAUCCUGAAACAACUACAACAACUGCAUGGGCUACUUCUGAUCCUCAAACUACAACAAUGGCAUAUGAAAGCACAACUGCCUGGCCUUACUCGACUACAACUGCAACGGUUCCAGGGUAUCCAUCAACCACUUAUUCACCAACAUGGCCUACUACAACUGCAAGCGCUUCUUGGACUACAACUGCAACUUCCACUUAUUCACCAACAUGGCCUACUACAACUGCAAGCGCUUCUUGGACUACAACUGCAACUUCCACUUAUUCACCAACAUGGCCUACUACAACUGCAAGCGCUUCUUGGACUACAACUGCAACUUCCACUUAUUCACCAACAUGGCCUACUACAACUGCAAGCGCUUCUUGGACUACAACUGCAACUUCCACUUAUUCACCAACAUGGCCUACUACAACUGCAAGCGCUUCUUGGACUACAACUGCAACUUCCACUUAUUCACCAACAUGGCCUACUACAACUGCAAGCGCUUCUUGGACUACAACUGCAACUUCCACUUAUUCACCAACAUGGCCUACUACAACUGCAAGCGCUUCUUGGACUACAACUGCAACUUCCACUUAUUCACCAACAUGGCCUACUACAACUGCAAGCGCUUCUUGGACUACAACUGCAACUUCCACUUAUUCACCAACAUGGCCUACUACAACUGCAAGCGCUUCUUGGACUACAACUGCAACUUCCACUUAUUCACCAACAUGGCCUACUACAACUGCAAGCGCUUCUUGGACUACAACUGCAACUUCCACCUAUUCACCAACUUGGCCCACUAUAACAACUCCAGGAAGUGUACGUGAUCGUUACCAAACGAUGUUGCCAGGUCGAUAAUCGAAUUACUCGAUUGAAAGGGCUGUAGCAUAUGAGACUAUGAAAAUAGUACUAGUUACACAAAUGCCUCGCGCAUGGUAUGUCUAUUCCUUGUUGUAAACUCGAUCCAAUAAACAUUAUUUUAGAAA